UUUAAUACCUGUUGUUUGUUUUCUGUGCAAUUACCGAAAGCAACUAUCGUAAGAUAGUUUUCAAUGUGAUGUAACUAUAUAUGUCCAACUAUAUGUUUGUGUGUCGUUUGUUCUUGUAUCUCGUCUCGACUAUUGUAACGCUAACAGUGGCUCAGCUGAUGCUCAGUGGAAACAGCCUUGGCCAGCGCGUGCCGAAAAGCUACGAUGCGGAAACGGUGUCUGCAUAUAUCGAAAACCUCAAACUAAAUUUACCCAACCAGUCGCUGAUCAAGCUGCGCGAGCAGCGCGACUAUUUGCUAAAAUCGUUCAGUUCGCUGGUGAACAGCGAAUGGAAUUUGAUUCAGGAGUCCGAGCGUAAGCAGCGCCAGGAGAAGUUUAAAAAGUUGUGCGCCGCAGCUGCCGCCAGCUCGGAUUCUGUAAUGGCAGAAGUGGCUCAAUUGCUGGAAGAAUCCGAAGAUGAGCUGCAGCAGUUUAGGUGUUUGCCAUUUGGUGGGGGAGCACGUGCCGAGCAGUUCAUCGAGGACGCAAUUGUGGUGCCGUGCGCACAACAAAGACGGGAAAUGUCAAUGACAGCGCCAACAACUCCAAGAACAAGAGCGCCAGGAACAACAACAACAACACCUGGAAAAAGAGCACCAGGAACAACUACGCCUGGUAGAAUGUUCAAUGUAUCGGCACGCCAGGAAGAAACUGUUGCUGCGCCCCAACAAAGCUUGGAUCAGGCUAUAAAAAUUAUCAGAAAACUUUUCAAGAAUGCCGCACGUGACUUUGAACUAAAUAAUGGCAAACUGGAGCUUGCAACGGACGAGUCAAUGUCAACAACGAACCCAAUGCCAAGCGACGAGCAGCGACAACAAGAAUUUCCAAUACGUUGGCUAUCUGAGAAUUUUAUGCUGAUGCGCGAAAUGCGUAAGCUGCGCUCUUUUGAUCCCAGCGAAAUGUACGAGGAGCUGCCCUGGCCGGAUCUAGAUGACAACCCGGUCUGGCUGUACAACAAACAGCCGCCGGUAUUAGCUAAACCUUGGCUUGUGCCAACGGCGCCAGAGCAGCAGCAGCAGCUGGGUGAGGGUCGUGAUCGAGAUGAGGCAAUCAGUUUACCUCCUUUAGCGCGCCAGGCUGUACAAUCGCACAGCCAGAACACACCGGGUCAGGACAGAUUGCUGCAGGAUGUGCAGGACAGUGAAGCUGGUGCAAAUGCCACUCCACUGGUCACCAGCAAUGCCGCACAGCACAUCUCCAAUGAUGGCCUACCAUCCAUACCGACUGGCGACAAUCAGGCAGCCAAUUUAACGGACGAAGAUAUGCAUACUUUGUACCCACCGUUGCCAGUGGUAUCGCCAAUGAUGGAAGUGGAGAGCAUCACAUUGCCCAUAGGGGGGGAGAGAAGUGCUAGUGGCGGGGAGAACAAUGUCUCAACGCCGCUGCUGUUGCGGACACGUCAUGCGCACGCAUCGACCCCGUUGCAAGCGUAUCGCACCCAGUUGCCGGCCAUCGAUGAGGAGCAACAGAAUCAGAAUCAGAAUCGAGCCACAAUGCCGCGAGUGCUUGAAUUGAGUGAGGAUUACACGACAGAAACAGCAAGAGCAGCAGCAGCAACAGGGCCAGCAACAGCGGAUCAAGCUGAAGCAAUUUCUCAUGAUAUUCCAAUUUUAUUCACGCCGCCAGCAAAUACUUCGCCACCAUUGACUCGUGAUUGGACCUCAAUCUUUCGUCCGCGAACAGCUUUACCAAUUUAUGCACCUAGUCCUACCUCAACAACAACAACACCUCCAUUACCGCCCAGACGCCGACGCAAACGCAGGCUUCCAAGGCCGCCAAGCGAUGAUGAGGUCAUGCUCGGAUUUUUGUCCAAUAUGUUCCAGGAAAGAUGGUCACAAAUAGAGCAACAAACGGAAGCAGUCGACGUACCGCAGCAUGCGAAUGAAAUGCCAGCAGGCACAGAGCCGCCGGCAUUACCCAUGGAUCUAGAUGAGAUUCCCGACAGGCCAGCAGCAGCAGAAGACAUAGAGCCGCAGGUUUUACCAAUGCAGACGGAUGAGCUGCGCGACAGGCCUCCAACAACAGCAGAAGGCAUAGAGCCGCCAACAUUGCCCAUGCAGACGGAUGAGCUGCCCGACAGGCCACCAACAACAGCAGGAGGCAUCGAGCCACCAGCAUUGUCUAUGAAUUUGGAUGAGCUGCCCGAAAGACCGAUUGUGACUUCCAUUGAAGUUAUAUACCAACCGCCCAGUGUAAUUGCAGAUGCUGGACAAUUAGUUAAUCUGACCGAAAUAAGCACAACUGGUAGCCCGAUCUUAGUGGACGCCUCACAGCUCCCAAAGAAAUCGCUAGUAAUGCAAAGUGCAGCUAAUCAAUCUGCGGGAAUGCAGCUACUAACCAGAUCGGAACGCGUAGAACGGGAGCUUCGUGAAGAUCUAAGCUUUUUAGUGGAGCACAAGCACUUGCUGCGUCUCAUGGUGGAUCAUACCAAGUAUUUGAGCGAUAAACAGCAGCGGGAAGAUCAGCUACGAAAUUAUCAAUCGCUCGCUAACAGAUCCCAUCCAACAGACGAUAGCGAUGAGAGGAGCGAGGGAGAACAGAACAUUCGGUAUGUCGCAUUGCCUGCCAUAUACACAUACGAUCCAAAAAUGAUCUUGGAAAUGCCCGAGUGGAAGCCUCGUGUUGUGCACAAUCUAAUCGGAGCACUGAUCCGGAACGACCAGAUUGACAUGCGUGCGACUGGAUUCAUCGAGACGCGCAUGGAGGCAGCAUUUGCUUUUCGUGUGCUCCUCGAGCUGAAGGCAGCCAAUAUAAUUAGUCUAAGCCCCGAUGCGCGGUAUGCCUCGCUGCUUUAAGGUGCUGAAAUUAGAACUAA